UUGCAUUGCGGCAACUUGAACCACCAAAUCCAGAUGAGAUUACAAAAGGUUUGAUACCGUCAAGAUCAACUGUCGAACCAGAACCUACAAAGUCUAAAUACAAAGGAAAAUCAAUUGGCGGCAUUUCAGGAUUAUUGAAUGGUCUUUCUACUCCAACCUCAGAUAUUACUAAUAAUAUUCAUCAGACAACAACUCCUCCUUUAUCAAAUAUUAUAACUCCCACAAAACCUGUUUCAAUUAAACCAACUUAUAAUCCUUCAAAUGAACUUCCUAAAGAGACGCAUAAUCAACCUCCUCAUAACAGCUUGGAAAAUUCUGGUAUUUAUAGUGGUGAUGAAAUUACUUAUUCAUGGAUGGUUCUAAGUGUUGUUUGCGCUUUUUUAAUUGGGUUUGUUGGGCUUUUAUCUGUUUAA